ACAGCUGCAAGCCCCGCCUUCUCCUCCGGCAAACAUAUAAAUAAGACCGAGCGCUCCCGCUGCUUCAUUCUGCUUCCUACAGCCCAUCCUUGCACGUCGGCACAAAGGAGACAGACAGCCUAAAAAUGCGUGAGUGUAUUUCAAUGCAUGUCGGCCAGGCCGGAGCCCAGAUGGGCAAUGCAUGCUGGGAGCUCUACUGCCUGGAGCACGGCAUCCAGCCUGACGGUCAGAUGCCCAGCGACAAAACCAUUGGAGGUGGAGACGACUCUUAUAACACCUUCUUCAGCGAGACCGGAUCCGGAAAGCACGUCCCCAGAGCCAUCUUUGUGGAUCUGGAGCCCACUGUGAUCGAUGAGGUUCGUACAGGAACCUACCGGCAGCUCUUCCACCCGGAACAGCUGAUCACCGGCAAAGAGGACGCCGCCAACAACUACGCCCGCGGUCACUACACAGUCGGCAAGGAGAUCAUCGACCUGGUUCUGGACAGAACUCGCAAACUGGCCGACCAGUGCACGGGUCUCCAGGGUUUCCUCAUCUUCCACUCCUUCGGCGGAGGAACCGGCUCCGGCUUCACCUCCCUCCUGAUGGAACGCCUCUCUGUCGACUAUGGAAAGAAGUCCAAGCUUGAAUUUGCGGUGUACCCGGCUCCUCAGGUGUCCACGGCUGUGGUGGAGCCCUAUAACUCCAUCCUGACCACGCACACCACCCUGGAGCACUCGGACUGCGCCUUCAUGGUGGACAACGAGGCCAUCUACGACAUCUGCCGCAGGAACCUGGACAUCGAGCGCCCCACCUACACCAACCUGAACAGGCUGAUCGGGCAGAUCGUCUCCUCCAUCACCGCCUCCCUGCGCUUCGACGGCGCCCUGAACGUGGACCUCACGGAGUUCCAGACCAACCUGGUGCCGUAUCCCCGCAUCCACUUCCCCCUGGCCACCUACGCCCCGGUCAUCUCCGCCGAGAAGGCGUACCACGAGCAGCUGACUGUGGCUGACAUCACGAACGCCUGCUUCGAGCCGGCCAACCAGAUGGUGAAGUGCGACCCCCGCCACGGUAAAUACAUGGCCUGCUGCCUGCUGUACAGGGGCGACGUCGUUCCCAAAGACGUCAACUCCGCCAUCGCCACCAUCAAGACCAAACGCAGCAUCCAGUUCGUGGACUGGUGCCCCACCGGCUUCAAGGUGGGCAUCAACUACCAGCCGCCCACCGUGGUACCCGGCGGCGACCUGGCCAAGGUGCAGCGGGCGGUCUGCAUGCUGAGCAACACCACGGCCAUCGCAGAGGCCUGGGCGCGGCUCGAUCACAAGUUCGACCUCAUGUACGCCAAGCGGGCCUUCGUCCACUGGUACGUCGGCGAGGGGAUGGAGGAGGGCGAGUUCUCAGAGGCCCGGGAGGACAUGGCCGCCCUGGAGAAGGAUUACGAGGAGGUGGGAACCGACAGCGUUGGAGAGGAAGACGAGGGAGAAGAGUACUGAAGUGUCCCCGCUGAGCUUCCGUCACAAUCGGUCAUUUUAGGUUGUGCCUUCAAUAAAUGAAACGAAAUAAAAA